GGCACGACAACAUAUCAUUUUACCUAUCGCAUCGCGCAUGAGAUACAUCCGGACAAUGUAUUUUCUUUUUAUGCCCGGUGUCUGACCUAAAUUUAAAUGUCCAACAUUUCCUUAAUUAUCAUCGUUUACUGCGUAUAUAAGAGCUGGUGGUAAACGAGUGUAAAAAUUAAUUGGUAUUAAAUUAUCAAACGCUAUAGAAAACAAAGUAAAGUUCUACUGAUUAAUUUUAUUGUCUGCUAAAAAUGUUAUCGCUACUCUACAUUUUAAGUAUUAUUGCAAAUAUACAUGAAUUGUCAGCCGACGAGUCAGUUCAACAAAUCCCAAAAAUCGUGGGCGGCAAACUUGCCAAUGAAGGACAAUUUCCUUAUCAAGCAUCUCUUCGUUUAAACAAUAAUCACUUCUGUGGAGGUUCCGUGAUAAGUAAAAGACACAUCCUUACAGCUGCUCAUUGCAUGUCAGGUCUUGAUAACGCGGUUAUCACGGUUGUAUUGGGCACAAAUACUCUAGACAAAGGUGGUGAUCAGUACUUCUCGAUCAAGAAAUGGGUACAUCCUUACUAUAAUUCCAUCCUCAUCUGGCAUGACAUCGCAUUAAUUAAAGUGAACAAAGAUAUCGUUUUUGGAGACAAAGUAAAACCAAUUGCUUUGUCCACCAAAAACUUUGAUAAAUCCGAUUAUCCGGCUACAUUGUCGGGCUGGGGUACUACUAAUUAUCCGGGAAAGACACCGAACGAUUUACAAUAUAUCCAGCUCAGGGUCAUCAAUCAAAAGAAGUGCGUAGCUAGCAGCUAUCGCAUCACCAAAAAUAAUAUCUGCACACUCAACACAUGGGGCGAAGGCGCCUGUCACGGUGAUUCUGGUGGUCCUCUGGUGGCCGACAAUGAGCAGAUAGGUGUAGUGUCCUGGGGAAUACCUUGCGCUAAGAAUCAACCAGAUGUAUUCACGCGAGUUUCUUCCUAUUUGAUUUGGAUCAACGACUGUAUCCAACAGGAUAAAUUCAUAUAAAUGGAUUGCGAACAUUUUUAUAACAAUUACAAUUUUACAUAUAACAAUGAUAAAUAUAUUCUCUAUCAAAAAUUGGUCCUCAUUCUGGCAAUAAAAAGAUAGAUAAUUGUUAAAUAAAAUAGUUAAAAAUAAUUUUAUUUCAACUACGAGAUCAGCACUUACAGCGUAUGAUUUUUUUAAAG